GUUUAGACUGUUAGCAUGCAAAUAGCUGUGCUGUUUGGCCAGUGGUAUUUCCCCUUAAUGCAAAUAGUACUCUGCAAUCUAAAAGAAAUAGGCAUUGUCAUAGCACACUAUAACAAAAAGUGUAUAAUAUUGUUUCGAAGAUCUUGGGCACAUGUUAACAGGAUAGCAAAAGUCUCAUCUUCCCCAAGGCGAUUGUGUGAACGAAUCUGUGAUAAUACUCGACACCAUGUUUGCAGACAAAGAGGGGACAGAGGAGCCUGUGACAUUUCAAAAACUUAUAGGACCAAGUGGCCUGACAGAAUUCCUGCCCUGUCCACCGAAAUCCCAGAGAGGGGGGUGGUUAUAGUGGUCAGACCCGUCCCAGUUCACUCUUCCCAUCCUGUGCUUCAGCUCUUCCUGCACAGGCUCCAUCGACCUGUCACAGACAUCAGUGAGAUUGACUGCAGGGGCAGAUGCGCAGUUUUAACAGGCCACCUCUUGGUUAUGGGGACAGUGCAGGGAAAUCUGAGAGAGUGGUGCCCUAUGGAGUUACUUGCAAGCACGGACAGAUCAUCACCCCCUCCACUGCCGAUCAAUGCCAGACUCAUCGUCCGCCUGUCAUUGGCUCUGCAGUGGAGGGUUACUCCAGGAGAUGGACAAAUUAGCCCACACCUCCAUUCCUGAGCGGGGCUAUUGUAUAUCGCUGCAGUCUGUUCAUGGAGUGGAGGGACCUGCACAACGAGCCAAACUUUGUUGAAUAGUCUCGCUCACUCCAUUUUCAAAGCUGAAUUUCAAUCUGUGGGUUUAUUCCAGCUUUCAUUUUAUUUAUUUAAACAUUCUGAGUUCACCUAAAUUAGAUAUUUGGGUCUGUCGACCUUUAAUACAGGUCAAAUAUUAUAAAAUACUAGAAUGUUUUUUUUUCCACUAGUCACAAGCAUCAACGUAUUUGGUUUGUGGUUGGAAAAAUGUUGCUAAUGCUCACCAAAGCUAUAUUUAUUUGAUCAAAAUUACAGUGCACACAUUAA